AACUACAUGAUCCUUGAGUCCAGUCCCUUCCAACCCGGGUCAUUCUGUGAUUGAUUCUGUGAUUUCCCAGGACAGCCCUUGGUACUGGGGCUGUGGACACUGGGGAGGUGCGGCUUUUAGGCAAGGUGACCGUCUGCCUGUGAGCAGGUGAUGACAGUGAGCAGAAAGGGCAGCUGGAGCCCUGGGUCACACUCGUGUCUCCUCCUUUUGUCCAGGUUUCGUCGGGAGUUUGCACCCAAACCACCACCCGGGCAACGCUGCAGACCCCCACGAGUCCCAUUGCUACCUCUUGUCCAGGCCAAGAAAGCUGCAGAGGAACCUCCAGCAUUGCCACCCCUCCCCAGCUGGAUCACUGUCACCUUUCUGGUGGAAGAACCGCCCAAAGAGGCAGAAAGCGAUGAGGAGGAGGAGGACAGUGAGGAGACAGAGGAACUGCAGGCGCCUUCUGACAAGAAGAAGCGUAAGAAAAAGAAGAAGAAGGCAAAACGCUCCAAAAAAAGCAAAGAGGCCGAGGUGCCUCUGCAAAAGAGGUUUGGGGCCCUGGAACCCGAGAGAGAGGUGAGUGAGGAUGUGGAGGCAGCCCCACCUGUGAUGGUGCCUUGGGUUGCACCCCCAUCUCAAAACUUCCUCUACAUGGAAGGAUAG